AUGACUCUUGGAUUAAAUUUGGAGAUGCUAGUAGGCCAAGGAUAUGAUGGUGCUGCUGUGAUGAGUGGUCAAUUUCGAGGAGUACGUACAAUUAUCUCAGAAAAAUAUCCUAAAGCUCAGCAAUCCUCGUUUCAUGAUAGAUUUCUUAAAGAUAUAGCAGAGUCAGUAGGAUCUACUCAAUCGAAUCUUGUUUCUCUUUGCGAAACCCGUUGGACUGAAAAACAUUUGGCAGUAGAACGAUUUGCUGAAAUGUUUUUUGUAAUAACAGAAGCACUGCAAGCACUACAAGACAGCCGAAGAGAAUCAAACCUUAAUAAAAUUCUUCAAACUCAAAAUAUUGACUUAGUUGAAACAUGUAUAUAUGUAGAAGCCAUAAAAAAAACACUCGAAGCUACACGAAAUGAUGAGGAAUUUUUAAAAAUUGUGACUGAUUCUAAAAAAAUAUUAGGUAUUGAAUCGCUUACAGCACUUAGAACCACAAACCGACAAAAAGGACGAAGCAAUACUCCUGUCGAAACAACCGAAACAUAUUAUAAAAGAAAUGUUUACUAUCCAUUUAUUGAUCAUGUGAUAAGUGAACUAGCUGCCAGAUUUUCUAACCAUCAUGAAAAGAUUGAUAACCUCCAAAUCUUACUACCAAAAUUUAUUAAAAAUAAAAAUGAUGCUAAAAACAAAUUGAUAGAAAUUCAUAAGAUAUAUCUGCCGAAUGAAAAACUUUUGUGUGAGUAUCAACUAUGGACCAAGAACUGGGAAGGAAGAAGUGAUGAUCUAAAUGAAUUAAAAGCAAUUAAAACAUUGGAAAAAUGUGAUAAACAAUUUUAUUCUCUCAUUUAUACUAUUCUUAAAAUUUUGGCAACUCUUCCUGUUUCUACGGCCAGUGCAGAACGUUCUUUUUCAACAUUAAAACGCUUAAAGACAAGAUUUAUGGCUACCCAAUCUUAA